AUGGCACGUGGAGCUGGUGGUUUAUUAGAUGGUGGAUUUGUAUUUAAAUUAGGCAGAUUAUUUAAAACGCCAUAUGGUGGAGAAGGUGUUGAUUUUAUUGAUCAAUUAAAUUAUCAAUUUACUGGUGGACUAAUGGUUAUAUUUAUAGCAAUUAUCAGUUUUCGACAAUAUGUCGGUAAACCAAUUCAAUGUUGGGUACCACAAGAAUUUACCAAAUCAUGGGAAGAAUAUGCUGAAAAUUUAUGUUGGGUAUCAAACACAUAUUUUUUAUUACCUAAUGAAGAAAUACCAACAGACCAAGUAGAUUAUGAAAAAGUGAAGUUUAUCGGUUAUUAUCAAUGGGUUGCAAUAGUUUUAGCUGGUCAAGCCAUGAUGUCAUGGGUUCCACAUUUAUUAUGGCGUGUUGGUUCAAGACGUUUACCAUUAUUAUUAAAAUCGGCAAGAGAAGCCGCUAUACCAGAUCGUGAAUUACGUCUAAAAGCAGUAUCAUGUUUAGUAGCUACAUUAGAAGAACAAGCUGAAUCUCAAUCAAGAUUUCGACGAAUUAAAUCAUUAUUAACUCGUUGUUUAUGUGGUGUUACACCAAAUGCACGUUUAACUAUGUUAUUUUUAUUUGUAAGAGCAUUAUUUGUAGCUAAUUCAGUUGGACAAAUUUAUUUAAUGAAACGUUUUACCGGUUUUAAUAGUACCGUAUUUGGAUUAAGAUUAUUACAAGAUUUAUCAGCUGGUGUUGAAUGGGAACGAACUGGACAUUUUCCCCGUGUUACAUAUUGUACUAUAAAAGUUCGUAAAAUGGGUCAAACCAAACCAGCAAGCUAUACACUACAAUGUGUUUUGCCAAUUAAUAAUUUCACAGAGAAAAUCUACGUAUUUCUAUGGUUUUGGUUCGCAAUACUUGGUUUAUUAACUACAUUGAAUACAUUACAGUGGGCAUUGAAUACAAUACUACCAUCACGUCGUGUACGAUAUAUUAAACAAUAUUUAAAGGCAUUAAGACUUAUAUCCAGUACAGAAGAACGUGAUUGUGCACGUUUUGUAAAUAAUAAUUUAGGCGCUGAUGGUGUAUUUAUACUUCAUGUUGUUUCAAAAAUAGCCAGUGAUCUAAUUGCAUUAGAUGUAACAGCAACAUUGUGGAAAAAUUAUCGACAAGCUAAAAUUACAGGGACAGAAGAAGAUGUGAAUCGAUUACUUGAAACAGUUAAUCGUGGUUCUUCUGUUGUCUAGCCAUAAUGUGGACGUCGAUUUGUUAAAUUAAUAUCAUAGAAAUAAAUAAAAAAAAUGAAUGAUUGAAAAAUAAAGGUGAACAUAUACAUGAACACACUUACAUACAUAUAUUUAUCAAGAAAAAUCAAGUUUAUUAAUCUCAGUACUCAUUACAUCGGCGUCCACAUUUAAAAAUAAAUAAACAAAUUAAAAUUCAAACAACAAUUUGAUGAUUAUAUCUGUCUUUCCCAAUUCAUAGUUUAUUAUAUACUGCC